AUGUCGUCGGGCUUGACGAGACGCCGCGGUGCUGGCGGUGGCGGAGAGGACGCAGCCAACGCCCCGUCAAGGACGGCCUCGUCCACCAACGUUCGCGACAAUGGCCCCGAGACCAGCUACGAGGCCAGCGAGAACGGGCACAAGAUCGCCUUCGAUCCCCGCGACAUCAGCGAGAGCGCCGAGCGGAGCAAGCAGCCCAAACUCACCCUGAUGGAGGAGGUGAUAUUGCUGGGCCUCAAAGACAAGCAGGGUUAUCUCUCCUUUUGGAACGACAACAUCAGCUAUGCGCUCCGUGGCUGCAUUGUCAUCGAGCUCGCUUUCCGCGGUCGCAUCAGCAUGCAGAAAGAUCCCGCCAGACGGCGUUUCCCAUUAGCAGACCGAGUGAUCGAGGUGAUUGACGACACAUUGACCGGCGAGGUGCUGCUAGACGAGGCCUUGAAGUUGAUGAAGGCGAGCGAAAAGAUGAGCGUCAGCUCGUGGAUUGACCUGAUGAGCGGCGAAACCUGGAAUUUGAUGAAGAUCGGCUAUCAACUAAAGCAAGUCCGUGAGCGCCUUUGCAAAGGACUCGUCGACAAGGGCAUCCUCCGGACCGAGAAGCGCAACUUCCUCCUCUUUGACAUGGCCACACAUCCCGUGGUCGAUGGUGGCGCCAAGGAAGAGAUCCGCCGACGCGUUAGAAAUGUGCUCACCCAGCGAACUGUCGUCCUACCUGACUCCCAAUUUCUCCCCGAGAACCUCGAAUUCCGCUAUCUUCGUACAAUUGCCAUGGUGUGUGCCGCCUAUGCCGCCAAUGUCCUAGAGAACGCAUUGUCCACGCUGGGCCAUGAGGCACGAGAGCGUGCCUUCACACAGACCGACGAGCUGCUUGCCGAAUAUAGCCAGUGGCCUUUUGGAAAGAAGAUUGGGGGCCAAGGGAUCGGAGCCAACAUCCCGCAGCUCAUUGGAGAGGAGGUUACCAAGGGCAAGGACAAGGAACUGCAGGUCGAGGUUGUUGCUGCUUGCUUGAGCGUCUUCACCCGCCUGGACUCUUUGCUAUAG